ACUUGUGCUGUGUUGCCCAUCCCCAUGCACGACUUGCUGCACUCCCGUAGCAGAAAGGGAAGCGCCGGCAAGCAGGUCAUUGCCCGUCGACGAUCCCCUCUUCGCGCCUUGCAGGACGACACGACGGCGCCGAUAUCCAGAAGCGACCACGUAUUGCCUUGACGAUAUUGCCCCGCGCCUCCCUCGCUCAGCAUGCGACUCGACACGAUCCGAUAGAGAGCUGGACCGCGUCAGACUCAACGCCCCACGAUUACUUCCUGCAAAUUUGCAACUUCGGCUCGAGCCAGCCAGCUAGACCGCCAUGUCCAAUCGGUACAAUGCCGCCUACCGCAGCGGCAAUGCCAACGGCGGCAGCGGCGGCGGCGGUUACGGCGGGCUGGGCCCUCCGAGGGACCGCCAGGGCGGCGGAGGCGACGACUACGACCCGUACGGGGACGAGUACACCAAUGGCGACCGACUUGGCACGCCGCCGCAACAGCAGAUGAACCCGCGCCGGCUACCACCCGAGGGCGGUUAUCGUAAUGGCGGCGGCGGCGGCGGCUACGGCGGAGGGCCCACGCCGGGCUCCUUCUCGUCGUCCCAGCGAGCUCCCGAGUCGAGCGCGGAGCGGCAGAUCUCGCAGGUUCUGCUGCACAUCAAGUCCGAGUGGCCGGCCAUGGUCGACAAUGACUGCAUCCCCGUCCAGCUGGCGCUGCAGCUGCUCGACACGAGCUCCGUCGGCCGCGCGCACGAGUACCGCAAGUUCCAGCAGACGCACCAGUACCUGCAGGACUCGCUCAAGGGCAUCGUCCACGAGCACCACCAGGGCUUCAACAGCUCCAUCGGCACCUUCCACAAGAUCCAGGGCAGCAUCCAGGCGUCGCAGAAAAAGGUCCGCGCCCUCAAGGACUCGCUCACGGCGUCCAGGGCCAGCCUCUCCGCGACCGACCCGGAGCUCAAGAAGCUGUACAAGUCGUCGCAGAUGUACGACGACGUCCUCCAGACUCUCAACGAGCUCGAGGAGCUGCGCGGCGUCCCGGACCAGCUCGAGGCGCGGAUAUCCGAGAAGCGCUUCCUCACCGCCGUCGACGUGCUGCAGAACGCGCUGCGCAAGCUGCGCAAGCCCGACCUCGACGAGAUCGGCGCCCUCAGCGACCUACGUAGCUACCUCGCCAAUCAGGAGACGGCCCUUAUGGACAUCCUGGUGGAGGAGCUGCACGAGCACCUGUAUCUCAAGUCGCCCUACUGCCAGGAGCGGUGGCAGAGCCUGUCGAAGCAGCAAGGCGCGCACAGCGAGAAAUACAACAAUGCAAACGCAAUGCUACCAUUUCAUAUGAUUUUGGACUCGCUAGACUCUGAGCAUGCCGUCACGGAGGAUCCGUCCAAGAAUCCCGAGGCGGACACUUUCUGGUACAUCGGAUUGCUCGUCGAGUCUCUGAACAAGCUUGGCCGGCUGGAGAGCGCCGUCGAGGUCCUGAAGCAGAGGCUGCCCGUGGAGCUCUUUACCAUUGUCAACGAGACCGUGAACGAGGUCGAUACUAGGCAUCCGAGCUCGCUCAGGGGAGGCACUACAAACGCCGAGGGUCUGUACAUCUAUGGCAGCCGCGAGACCCAGAUGCGCGCGGAUGUCAUCUACGACCUCAUGUGGUCGCUAUAUGGCAAGUUUGAGGCUAUUGCCGAGGGUCACAGGAUAUUCCACGAAUCAAUCAAGGCCUUGAUGAAGCGAGAAGGUGCUGGGUCAAACAGCACUUUACUUGGCAGCUUCCGAGAGCUCUGGAACCUCUACCAGAACGAGAUCCGGUCACUCUUACACAACUACGUCACGACUGAUGCGGACGUCUACCAGUUCAGCUCGUCCCCCCGGGUCGGUGCGAUGCUCAACGGCAACAAGGCCGGAGCCAGAGACAACCUCUUCAAGUUCUCGGCCGCCAACUCAAAGUCUGAGGAGAUGGUCACAGAGUACGAUGCACUAGACAGCAUCAUCCAGGCCGCCGUGCCUGGUCUCACCUCCGGAUCGCGCAAGCCUCAGGCAGGAGGCGCAGACAAGAAGUCGGCGCUGCUCGGCAAAGAAGCACGGCGAGAGACAAACGAGAAUGCCUACGAGAAUGCAGCCGGGCCCGGAUCCUACAAGUCUCUGGUCGAGCCUAGUGUCUUCAACAUGAGUCUGCUGUUGCCACCCACCUUGGUCUUCCUGCAACGACUGAAGUCGAUUGUCCCGCCGGGGUCUGAUCUCGCCGCGAGCACGCUGACUUCGUUCCUUGAUAACUUCCUGGUCAACGUUUUCCAGCCGCAGCUGGACGAGACGCUCGCAAAGCUGAGCGAAAACGUCCUCGGGGAGCUCGACUCGUUCCAGCAAGACUCGGACUGGAGCCUGCUGGCGAAGCGGCCCGUGUUCAAGGGCACCACCUCGUUCUUCGCCGUGGUCACCGCAUUCUGCCGCAUGCUCGGCGAUAUCCCGCACGACCAGGCACUCAGCUCGCUGAUUGUGUCCCAGAUGCAUCGAUACUACGAGCGCUGCUCCGCGUGGUUCAUUGCGCUCGUGUCCAAGUCACAGGAGAAUGCCUCGGCCAAGCAGGCGCUCAGGUACUCAGCAGAGAUGGCGACAAACGACGGCCCGCUGCACGAGAUUAUAACCAAGCUGUGGACAGCUGCAGAACUGGACCCGGACCUCAUCGAGACCGAGGUCAAGACACUCAUCUCGCAGACGGGCGAGCGGACGCUGGAGACGAGCGACGUCAUCCAAGACCGGGACGUCAUCUCGUCGCUGUGCCUGCUGUACACGAGCAUGAAGUGGCUGUCGGUCAAGGUGACGGGCCUGCGGCACAUUACAAAGCAGGAGACGGACUCGUCGCGGCCGAGCAUGCAAAAGGCGCAGAACCGCCGCUGGACGUUGCUCAACGAUCCGCACAAGGUGUCUGGUAGCUCAAACAGCCCUGUGCACUUGCCGAUGACACAGGAGACUGCCAAAUCUUUCGACGCCGUAAUCACCUCGUACGAGAGCCUCGCUAAUACGGUGCUGCUCACCCUCCACGCCGAGGUCCGGUGCCGGAUCGUCCAGUCUCUGGCGAUCGCGCUGUCCCCAGAGACGGCGCCCUACGUGCUCGGCGAGCAGGAGAUCCGCGAGCCCGACCCGCAGAUCCUGUCGCUCAACUCGGAGCUCGUGGCCUACGACGAGAUCACGACGCGGUUCCUGCGCGAGCGCGAGCUCCGCUUCAUCCGCUCCGGGCUGGGCUUGCUGGUGAACCGGUACCUCAUCACCAACGCGCUGGCCACGCAGCCCAUGAACUCGAGGGGCUGCGACCGGAUGCAGCUGAACAUCCUCGUCCUGCAACAGAACCUGAAGAACAUCGAGCCUGGCGUGGAUCUGGGGCGAGCCGCGGACUUCUAUGCCCUCUUCCAGGACGGCCCAGACGCGCUGGUCGAGAAGGUCAAAGGGGAGGUGGCCGCCCGGCAGCAGCAGCAGUCUUCGGAUGCGGAUGGCGCUGACGGGAGUGCCGGUGGUGGCGGCGGCAUUAGCAGCAGGUUCACGUAUGAUGAGCUCAAGACGCUGCUGGAGCUCAGCUUCAGCGAGCAGGUGCAUGAUCCGGAGCGCGGCGUGGCGGCCGCGGCCAAGAGGCAGCUCAACGAGAAGGUGCUGGCACUCAGCGAGCUGAUGUGGCAAAGCUGAGCCGAGUCGAUUCUGGUUCUUGACUCUAUGCCUGUCUCCCGAUGGAUUGAUGAUGUCUGUCGAGGCAAUUGUACAGCUUCACGAGUCGAGAGGUGCAGA